GACUGUCAAAAACCCAAAAUUCGAUGGGCAUGGUGGCAACGCUCCGCCACAGAUGAACCAAUUGUUGUGAAUGGUUUUAUCAUUGUUAUUUAUUGUAAAUAGAAGAGUUGUACACCAUAUAAUGCAAUGUCAUUGUCAAUUCAGGACGAGGGGACAAGACCAGACUCCCACGUGGAGGAGGAACCUUUUUCUGCGGACAGAGCGCCCGGGGAGCUCCUCUACUGCGAGACCUGCGGAAACGUCUAUGAGGACAGCGAGGCGUACGCCAGGGAUCACUUCCAGCAGAGCGUCUCCUGCUGUAGCGCCACGGAAGGACUGGUUUUGGUAGAGGAAACAACAGCUGACGAGGAAGCUGCAGGUGAUUGCAUUUUGGAGGAGGUCGGCGAGGAUGAAAUCGUAGAGGCGGACGUGCCGCUCUGGGAGUUGGUGGAGGAUGUUCCUGUCAGCAUCAAGACUGAUGUAGCUGAGCCCAACCAAUCCGACCGCUAUUUUUGUUACGACUGCCAUAGCAUUUUUGAAAACCGUAACAGUGCCGAGGAGCACGUUUGUCCGGAAUCCGGAGGAGGUUCAAGUCAACAGGUUGGCGAAGAUAAACCACCAACCCGAAGGAAGAUGCCUGGUGUUAGUGCAAAGGUGGGCACUAAAGCUGCAUCCUCCGUCAUAAGUUGCGGGAUCUGCAAUACCGUUUUUAGCUCGGACAAGUUUCUCAAGUUCCAUAUGCGCAUCCACGAAAGUCGUGCGUCUAAAAGCAUUCGAGACGCACUUCCAGUGGGAGCCCAUCAGCAGUACAGCGAGCUGGAUCAGUUUUACUGCGAAAUCUGCAAUAAGAGCUUCGACGAGAACCUCUUGACGGUCCACAAACAGAUGCACCAGCAGACCACCAGUGAGAUAAUGUGCAGCAUUUGCAACCGCAAAUUUGAGAAUAACGUUACCUACCAAAUGCACAUUAAAAUUCACGAGAAACCUCGGGAACCCGAGUCUUCCGGCAAAUUGAAUUCGCGUGCAAGUGGCGACAAGGAGAAGCCCGGAUUUCCCUGCCAGUACUGCGAUCGUGUGUUUACUCGUCCGUUCGAAAAGGUCAAGCACGAACGAGUUCACACCGGCGAGAAGCCCUACUCCUGCGAGGUGUGCGGCAAGACCUUUCGCGUAUCCUACUCACUGACUCUUCACCUGCGCACGCACACAAACAUUCGGCCAUAUGUGUGUACGGUGUGCAACAAGCGCUUUAAGUCGCACCAAGUGUACUCCCACCACCUGCGCAUCCACAGUUCGGAGCGGCAGUUUGCCUGCGAUGUGUGCCCCAAGUCUUUUCGCACUUCAGUGCAGCUGUACGCCCACAAGAACACCCACACCAAACCCUACCAGUGCGUCGUGUGCAACCGCCCCUUUUCUUCGAUGUACGCUGUAAAGAACCACAUGCAGACCCACAAAGACGAGAGGAGCAAAGGAAGUGUUGGUGCUAGAACGCUGGCCCUUAAGAGCGGACAACCUGCCAGAAACCAGCUAGGUGGAAAGUUUUGCUGCAGUAUAUGUGGGGCUGAGUAUGCGCGCAUCUUCGCCUUGCGCCUGCACAUGAAGUCUGUGCAUGGCGUGGUGGAGGACGCUUCCUCAACAACAGAUGAUGCUCAGGCCACUAAUGCCGACGACUCCGAGACUGCGGUGCUAAUAGCUGCUGCCGAGGCCGACGCUGCUUAUAUUAACGCUGUGGCAAAUGACGUCGACGUCAUGGGCACCGUUCCCACCUACGAGGACUGCGUUGAGUUCGACGUGGACAACUUCCAUAGUGAGGAGAUUAUUACAGAUUGGCUUAAGUAGCUCUUCAAGUUCGUACUGCGACUAGCAAGUAAAUUAUUGUUUUAGGAA